AUGGCGAAAACGCUAAAACGCAUCGUUGUAGUGCUCAAGUGCUCCAAGUACAGCGUCCAAAAUGUCUGCCCGCUUCAAACAAGCGCUACUGAAGCGCCUCUAUCAGGAGAAAAAGGAAAUGAUAGUGAUAGAAAAGAAGCAAACCAAGUGGGUGCAACAAAUGGGAAGAAGAAAAAACAUAGACGAGGUAAAUGUAAGAGAAAACCUAAUAAACCGUACAAUAAAACAGCCUGGACCCAACGUAAGAAUGUCCAAAAAGAAAUGAUGAGAGUUCGUAGUGCCCGUGCUAAAAUAUUAGCCAUGGGGCACACAUUAGUUCCUUGUAACACGAACCAAUUUCUCAUGGAAGAUCAUGAUCUUAGUGUCGAUUCUGAAGACAACUACUUCAUGUCUUUACCUGAAGAUGAGGAAGAUUUCCUAAUAAAAGAAUUUUCUAGUGUCUAUGAAGAUGCUCAAUGUGAGAGACUUAAUGCUAUGACUAAAAAUGAACUAAUUCAAGAAUGUAUUCUCAUGGAAUCUCGUCUAGAUCAUCUCACAAAAACUAUUAGAAAUGCAAAAUCUGAAAGAAUGCACAAACAAUCUGGUAAUGAGUGUGAUGCUGCAACAAGUGAGAAGCUACAAGAGCAGGCCGCUCGCAUUCAAGAAUUGCUCGCUGAGAAUUUAGAACUGAGACGUGAACGAGACUAUUUUGCAUCUGUUCAAAGAACUAUAUCUAGCACUAGUACAGACUCUGAAAGUGACAGUUCAAUGCACAGUUCUUCCAUGAGUUCCCCAAGUAGCUCCUUAGAAGAAUCAACUACUGAAGCAUCACCAGUUAUAAGGAAUGGUCUUGUGCAGAGCUCUCCUGAUUCCCAAACACGAAGACGAUCGUCGUCACUGAAAAUGUGUAUAAUUAUGCAUUUGUUAUUUUGUAUAUGUGAUACUCUAAGUCUAUUUAAAUUGUUGCUAAGAAUAAUGUGA